AUGAAAAUGAUCACCACCUUGAAGAAAACUAGAAGAAUCAUCAGGAUACCUUUUGUGGCAGCGACUCACACUGUAGACACAAGGAAGAACUUAUUGAAAUGGAGGAAAUCCAAUACAUUCCGAGUGUGGCCGACAUCAAAGCCGCCGAGAAAAAUGACGACACAGCGCAUGCUUCUUCAGAUGAGGAUGGCAGACCAGCAGUACGAGAACCUCCAAGGAUUGCAGAUUUCUUCCAAACCACAGACGACGAAAACGAUUUAAUAGUGCCUGUCCCUUCAAAUGCAACCCACAUGCUCAGGAUAGUACAUUUCUUCAAAGCCAACGACAAAAGAAAAGACGAUUCGGCAUCUGAGUCUUCAGGCACACCACGCAGGCCAGCGGUACCAGAACCUCCAAGAAUUGCAGAUUUCUUCACAACAACUGACGAGGAAACUGACGACACAGUACAUGCUCUUCCGGAUAAACCCCGCAGUUCAACAGUAGCGGAACCCCCGAGGAUUGCAGAUUUUUUCGCUCCUGAUGACGAAACCGAUGGAGAAGGUAGUGGCCGCGAAAGCAUGGACUCUGAGCAUCCGCUUCUCAGCCAUUAUGUGGAGAGAAUGGACUUUCAAGGAAAAGGCGAUAGUGACGAUGAAGCAGUUCUUAAGUAAUUUAAACCGGUUUGGGCGCCAUAUUUGAUGGUGAGGAACGUCACCAAAAAGGUAGUCUCCAUAGCCAUGAACAUUUGGCUUGGCCGAGUGUAUCCGAUCCGUUAGGAGAAUGGGGAGACUCUCCUCGCUGCUCGGAAGAAGACUGACCUCGCAAGCUACCAAGACGUUGAUUGUGAAUGUAGCUAAUCACCGUGAUUCCUUGACUUAGAACCGUCGGAUUCAAGGCCUGAAGUUUAAUCAAGAAAAUACGGUACCUAAUUAAUCCGUGCUCUAAGCCAUGCAGGCGCGCUAUUUUGUAGUAGGCAAAAAUUAGAAACCGAAAUUAGAAGGGGACUGGAAACAACCCAGCGCUAUUUUCUUAUGCGCUGUCCUUCAAUUGUUUCUUCGAAGGGUUUUUUCCCGUUCUUUCACAGUUAAAAGGAAAGAAAUCUCAAUAUUUUCUACAA